AUGACAAUCAACACCGCCGGUAUAGCGGCUGUGGCUGUUUUCUAUUUUGUUAUUCUCGUCGUCGGCAUGCUGGCCGCUUGGAAACAACGGAAAGCCGGACGAGGAACCAACAGCCCAGCGGAAAACAUCAUGCUGGCCAAAAGAGAUUUGGGGCUCUUUGUAGGAGUCCUUACAAUGACAGCUACGUGGGUUGGAGGCGGAUACGUAAACGGAUCGGCGGAAGCAGUUUUUAGUAACGGGAUCGUCUGGUGCCAGACCCCCUUCGGCUACUCGCUCGCAUUAAUUCUCGGCGGACUGUUUUUUGCUAGACCUAUGAGAGAAAAGGGUUACAUCACCAUGCUCGAUCCGUUCCAGAUCAAAUACGGACUUAACAUUGGUGGAUUGCUUUUUUUGCCUGCACUUUUCGGUGAAACAAUUUGGACUGCAUCAAUUCUCUCGGCUUUGGGAUCGACCUUAUCUGUUAUUCUGGAAAUGGAUAACAACUUGGCUGUGUUUUCCAGCGCAGCCGUGGCUGUCAUCUACACAUUUUUUGGUGGGAUGUACAGCGUAGCGCUAACUGAUGUCAUUCAGCUCUUCUUCAUCCUGUUCGGAUUGGUGUUAUGCAUUCCAUUUGCUUGGAUGCAUCCGGCUGUAAAUCAAGAAGCAUUGGUCAAUCAAAAUUGGCUGGGCCACGUAGAGCCAUCAAGUUCAGGAAUAUUUAUUGAUAACUAUCUGCUGCUUAUUUUUGGCGGAAUUCCCUACCAAGCUUAUUUCCAGCGAGUUUUAUCCGUCAAAUCGUCGAAACAAGCUCAAUGGCUCUCAUAUAUGGCCGCUAUUCUUUGCACAUUAUUGUCAAUUCCGUCAAUACUACUGGGAGGUAUAGCCAAAAACACAGAUUGGCUUAACGGUACAGAUUACGCGAUGGCCUUAACAUCUCCCGAUCAGGUGAAACAGGUUCUACCGCUGGUUCUUAAUUACUUAACCCCCCAGUGGGUUUCCUUCUUCGGAUUGGGAGCCGUCUCAGCAGCUGUUAUGUCUUCGGCAGACUCUUGCAUCCUCUCGGCCAGCUCUAUGUUUACGCACAACAUUUACAAAGCCAUCGUCUGCCCAUCGGCUAGUGGAUCUCAUCUCAUGAUUGCUUUGCGUGUAUCUAUCCUGGCGGUGGCUGCCAUCGCAUCCGGACUAGCAAUCAGUAUUAACAGCAUUUACGGCCUCUCAUUACUUUGCUCAGACAUGGUUUAUGUUUUACUAUUCCCUCAAUUGCUGCUGGUCAUUCACGCCGAGUCUAGCUGCAACAAAUACGGAUGCAUCACGUCAUUCCUGUUGGGAAUUAUCCUGCGAAUUCUCAGUGGUGAAGAAUUGCUAGGGUUACCGGUCGUCAUUCAGUUUCCAUUUUACAGCGACGGACGCCAACAGAUGCCUUUCCGCACGCUCAUCAUGGUGUUCACGCUCUUCGUUCAUCUUGGAGUCUCUUUCGUCACGGAGCAAUGCUUCACUAGAGGAUGGCUGCCCCAAAAAUUCGACUUUCUCAACAGCUAUCCUUUGGAGAUGACAUAUCAACAGGAAGAUAUUUCGCCUGAAGAAUUACAUUUCCAGUUCAUGACCAACGGGAAACUAGAGACCACAGCACAGGAGCUGGAACUGACAGGAACGGACAUCAAGUUUGAUCCCAUUUUAAGCAUAUCACAUCCUAAAGUAAAGUUAUUGUCAAUGCGAACAUCAAUCGAAGAAUCAUCUAAAUAACUUAAAAAAGAAAACAAAAAAUGGAAUUAAUAUGUGAA